AUGGGUCAAACUUCACGGGUCGUUCCGCUGUGGGCUUGUUGCCCAGGUGACAGGUUUGUGAUAAGGUCAGUGCUCUCGAGAUUCCCCAUUCUGCCAGCCCUCGUCGCUCUCGUCAUCAUGUUUCAAACGGGCACUUCCAUUUUCCUUUCGCAGACGCACUUGAGUACCACGACUCGGCGGCGACUCCGCUUCUUCGACAGCAGACCCAGAAGAAAAGGAGCAAUCCGAUUAUCGACUGAAGUCAACGAGAUGUCGGCGGAGCAAGGACCUCUCGUGUCGGACCAGACCGCGUGGCAGGCCACCAGGCCUCUGGUUCGCGCGGCAAUCGCAGCCAUUGUUGUCGACACAGUCAUCGUCGCGGCGAAGACCUUCUCAAGGCUUGGCAUCGCCAAAUUACGCUUCUGGUGGGACGACUUCUGGAUCAUUGUUGGCUGGCUGCUGUUGAUGCCAAUAUGUGGUAUGGGGAUGGCAAUGGCGAAGGUGGAAACGGCCUGGAGCAACGAAGACCGCAUCAUCUUAAAUUUGGAGGAGAACGCAAUCUUGUUAAAGAUCAUAUAUGCGUUGCUGCAGUGCCUGCUCGCAUCAUAUGCGGCCACACGGUUUUCCAUCCUCGCCCUCUACCUGCGCAUUUUCUCCGACAAGCGGUUGAGAAUCGCAAUCUGGACCGUCACAGCUUUCGUCACUUUACAAUGGGUCGGCUUUGCCAUCACCUCAGUUUUCCAGUGCAUACCAGUAUACCACUUCUGGGACAGAUCCAUUGAGGGUACUUGUGUCGAUGUCGACAAGUUUUACAGAUCCGUCACUCCUUUCAACCUCGUCGUCGACGUCGCGCUCGUUAUUAUGCCACUCCCCACGGUCUGGCGACUCAAAGCAACCAACACGCGGAAAUGGGCUCUUACAUUGCUGUUCGGAAUUGGCAUCGCAGCUCUGGUAGCCUCCGCGAUUCGCCUUUCCGUGUACGAGAGGCACACAGCUAAAUACAUCGCACCAUCAUACACGAACGUCAUGAUCCUCUGGCUCGUGAUUGAGCCUUCGAUUUACCUGAUUGCAGCCUGUCUACCUGCAAUGCAUCACAUUGUCGCAGCUGCGGUCCCCCGUAAGUUUGCCAAUUGGAUGUCAGACCGUAUGGCAAGGAUCAGUCGACUCCAAAGUACUGUGUUGGGCCGGAGUAAGACGGGCGUCUCAAUGACAAGUGACUCCCGUGGUCUAACUGACGAUACUGAGAUGGUCCUCGAGCUUGGGACAGCCCCUCCGACCAAAGCACGUGUUGAGGUGGCGCCAGACGAGGUAAAGGCCAUGACAGAUCCCUGGAUGGAAAAUCAGGGCAUCGUGGUGACGACUGACAUCAAAAUCGAAGUGAGUCAAGAGGAUCGCAUUGAGCGGAUCAUUGGGUUCUGA